AUGCAUCCCGUCACAGCCGAAGACCGUCCCCGGAUCCUUUUCCGCGAGUUCAGAAGGCGCAAGCAACCCAAGCGGUGGGAGUCGCUCCCAUCCCUUCAGCUCUCUCCCCCCAACCGUCCUCUUUAUGUCUGCCCAAAAUGCCAGUUCCCCAACCCUUUCUCCGACCUUUGUCCCUGGUGCUCGAGCGCCUGCGAGCUCGCCAUGCUCAUCGCUGCCGUCCGUCGCCGGGUCAGCUCUCCGACUCUCCUCAACGACGCCCAGAAGUUUCAGCUCGGUCAGGCCGGUCCUCCACCCUCUCCCCAUGUCAUCAUCCCCGCAUCAUCCCUCGCCCCCCGCCCCCUGAGCGCCUCCGACCGCGCGCCCGCUUCUGCCUUCGCCAGCCGGCCAGGCGACACCGCCGUCGUCCGCCGCAGGCAUCGCAACGCCGUCCUCCUCCCCGCGACCACCGUUGUUGCUACCCCGACCGUGGACUGCGACGCGGAAAAGCUCUUGCAGCCCAUCUUUGCCCAGCUCGUUGUCCACUGCGAUCUGGAGAGCCACGAACGCGUCGCGGCACCACUCGCGACUUCACGACCCUCACGCCAUCCCACGAAACGCGCCUCUCGCAAGCAGCCGCUUUCCAGUCCUCAAAAUCCCCGAACGCCAUCUCGCCGGACACGAACACGCAUGGUCCACCACGAUGUCGAGUUGACGUGCAUCCCCUCCAGUGAGCCACGCACCUCCCCCGAACCCCCUUCCCCAUGCUCGUCCUCUCCCGGGCUCCGCCACAAGAGGCGUAUGUCUGUCAUCCGCCAGCGCUCCUCGUGCUCCCUCCGCCGCCGAGCCACCACAAACUCAAGUGUGACCUCAUUCCGCCGUGACAGCGCCGCGUCUGUGUCGCCCUCCCCGUCCCCGCGCCCCAAGAUCGCGCCCGGCCUCCCGGCCUCCCUGCCCAACAGCUUCACGCUCUCAGUCGCCUCGCCCUCGACGCGCACAAAGAACUCGUCGAGCGUUCGGUUCAGCGCCCCUCCCCCCGCGGCUGUGGCGGAGGCCGCCCCGCGAAGAAGCCUGAGCCCCAGCCGCGACGACCUCCCCUUCGAUGGCAUCCCUCUCGGGCACCCCCAGCGACCGCUGUACACCGCGAUCCGCAAGAACAUGUCGCGUCCCUCGAGCCCCGCGCCGUCCGCGACGUCCGGGGGCUUCGCCUUCCACUCCCCUGCCCCUUCGCCCGCCCCCUUUUCCUCGUUUCCACCGCCCUCCGCGUCGUCUCCGCCCGUCACCAAGUCUCUGCACAACGCGCUGGCCCACGAGCGCGGCACGCGGUCCCUCGAUAUCGACCCGCGCCCCGCACUCGCCCCGCAAGCGCGCUUCGGUUCCCUCUCCCGUGCCGCGCACGCUCUCCCGCUGUUCCCCUCCGCCGGAGCCGGAGCCGGGACCGGAUGCUCCGUCAGCGGCGCUACGGAGCUGAGGAUGAAUCUGGCCAGGAGUCGGAGCGCGGAGGGCGUCCCGGGCGACUUCACGUUCCGCGAGGUCAAGCCAAUGAGCAGCGGCAAGGGACUGGUGAAGAGGAAAGUGAAGGGCCUGAAGAAGGCCAUCAAAGGACUCCUGCGGGCAGUCAUGUGA